ACUCUGCAUUUUUUUUUAAAAACAACAAUAUGUUCCUAGUCGUCCUUUUGUUAAGCUUGAAAUUUUGUACGGAAAAGUUCCUUACGUGGGAAAAGGCUGAGGAUGAGUGUAAAAAAACUGGUGGAACUUUAGCUACCGUUCCAACUACAACUAUCAACAAAAAACUUAAGGAUGUACUAAUUAAAUCUAGCGCUUUAGACGCAUCGUGGAUCGGUGGUCAAGAAAGGGAAUUUCUAUGGAUGUGGGUAACCGACGGUUCGCUCUUAGCCGCGCAAGGGUGCUAUAAAGAUAAACCAAACGAUAGAGAUUUGAGCGUUGUUGUUGAAAUUCCUCUUCUAUUACCUUCUAAGUGUAUGUCAAGCUGCAAGGCCAGAGGUUACACUUACGCCGCCGUUCAGAAUGGAAAAGAUUGUUUUUGCGGUAAUUCAUUCGGCAAACACGGUUUUCAAGCAAAUGGAUGUAAAAAGUCGUGUUCAGGAAGUAUACCAGGAACGGUUGCUUGGUGCGGUGGCGUCAAUCAAAACUUUAUUUGGAGAGUAGAUGGAACCUAUUCCCUAUUCGGCUACGGUCAACCCAACAACUAUAGAGGUUAUCAACAUUGCGGAGUGUUUGAUACCAAAAUUAGUAAUAAAUUCGCCGAUGAAGAAUGUAGAAAAUUAUUGGGAUUUAUAUGCGAUAUCAGAUUUGAAUGGUGCAGAAAUUCUCUCGACUAUUUUAAGAAUGAAACGUCUGGAAGAUGCUAUUAUAUAAGUCCCAGUGUUCCUCAACGAUAUUCUUGGUAUACGGCUAGACAAAAGUGUAUUGAUCUUGGGGGUGAUCUGGUAAAAGUCGAUUCUCUAGACAAACACAACGAUAUGAUAGAAUAUAUCAAAAUAUCUAGAGAAAGGGUGGACGACAAGAAAAAGAGAAUAGUUCAAUAUUGGAUGGGUAUGUCUAAAGGCGGUUGGACUUGGAGCGGAGGUGAACCAUUCGGUUUUAAUAAUUGGGGAGAUCGUCAACCAGACGACGAAAAUCACAAGUGUAUUACACUAGAUCCAUCUCUUGACUACGAGUGGAACGAUGAAGAUUGUCAAGAGUUAAGGAGGUUUAUCUGUAGAUACGGGAAAGGAAAAGUUCCCACACCACCUACUCUACCACCAGUUGAAACUUCUACUAGACAAAAAACAACUAAAACUACCCAAAUAAAAACUACACCAACAACAAUUAAAAAAUCUAGCUCAACUUUAUUAACAACUCCUAAGCAAACAACUUAUCAAAAUACCGUCGAACCGUCCGAAGGAAAUCGUAUUAAAGAUGACGGUCUUAGCAGUCUAGAAAUAGGCCUAUUAAUCCUAUGCUGCUAUUGCGCUACUAAAAGAGAUAGAAAAAUUCAUCCGAAGACAAAGUCAUUUAAUGGAUUUGACGCAAGAGAAGAAGCCAAAAUACCUAAUUGCGGCAGACCAUCGGAUUUAUUCGGAUUGACAAUUUGUCAUCCAUUCGAAGAUUAUGUUAACAAAGUAGACCCUGAAUAUGGUUAUAAUGAAAUUCAAAGAUUAGAGGAAGAUGAUAAGACUAUCGUUAUUCUCAAUCAGACAACUCUAAGAUGGAUGGAUGACACGUUUUCGAAUCGUCCUUUGUGGUACAAUUACAUUGCUGUUGUUAUACCGAAAACAAUUAAGGUUAAAGACUCUGCCCUUAUGUUUAUCGGUUUGGGUAGAAAUGAUGAUCCUGCGCCGGAUCCCGAAGAAGAUAUCUUUAUCUAUGAAUUAGGUCAAUUCGCAGUUAAUACCGGAGCUGUUGCAGGUAUUUUAUAUAAUAUACCAAAUCAACCUAUCCGAUUUCCGGGAGACGAAAAGGAUAGAGUUGAAGAUGAUAUUAUUUCUAAAACUUGGAGAAUUUUUAUGGAUACACCAAAAGCGGAGAGAAAUCCUGAAAUGUUACUUAACUUUCCAAUGGGAAAAGCUGCAGUUAGAAGUAUGGACACCAUAACUGAUUUUUGCAAGAAUGAAAAUAGUGAAUUAGACGUUCAAAAGUAUUUUUUAACCGGACCAAGCAAGAGAGGAUGGACUGUAUAUAUGGCUGCAGCCGUUGAUAGUAGAGUUUUUGGAAUGGCACCAAUGUGUAUUGGUAUUGCCAAUAUGAUACCUAGUUUAAGAGAGCAUCACCGUUCAAUCGAAGGUUGGUCCGUCUUCUUUUACGACUAUUGGGCGCAAAACCUAACUGCUAGAUUAGACAAUCAAGAAACAAAAGAUUUAGCUGAAAUGGUCGAUCCUUACGAAUUUAUUGGAAAUUAUACAAUGCCUUCAUUCAUCGUUACGGCAAGUAACGAUGAGUUCUUUAUGUUAGACUCAAACAAGUUCUCUUUCGACAGUUACCCUGGUGUCCAUUAUCAAUGGGUUGUAGAAAAUGCUAAUCAUUACUUUAUUGGUCGAUUUGAGAAGGUAAGAGUUAACUACGAAGGUAUAUUUACAAAAUUGGUAUCUGGUACCGAAUGGCCAAGAUUUACUUCAAGAUCAGCCGCCGAUGAAAAUAGCGGUUUUAUUGAAGUUACAAGUGAAACCCCUCCAGUAAGAGUUACCGGUUACGCUGCAGUAACAACUCCUCAAACUCCAGGAAGAGAUUUCCGUCAAUUUAUUAGCGGUGGAAUUGGACCAGAUGAUUUACCCAUAUUCAAUGAUAUUGAAUACGUAGAAGUUCCUGUUCAAAGUUUGCCAAACAAUAGAUAUAUGCUAAGUUCUCUAAAACCUAGCAGAGGGUAUAGAGGAAUGUUCAUAGAAUUGGAAUAUAAUGGUACUGAUGGAAAAACUUUCAGUCUAUCUUCUCCACCACUAGUCGUUCCUAACACCUUUACCAUUGAUCCCUGUUCAGGUGAAUCUUGUAGAGGAAGAGAAUGUAUAUCAGUUCAUAUUGGCCAAGCUGGAGUACAGAUAGGUAAUGCCUGUUGGGAGUUGUACUGCUUGGAACAUGGUAUUGAACCCAAUGGAACACUCAUGGAGGGAGUUGAAAGGCAACCUGUUAUGUUUGGGGAUGAAUCUUGUACCACAUUCUUCUCCGAAACGGCUAGUGGUAAAAGAGUACCGAGGGUUGUCUUUAUUGAUCUGGAACCAAAUGUUGUCGAUGAAAUUCGAACUGGUACCUACCGCCAACUUUUCCAUCCCGAACAACUGAUAACUGGUAAGGAGGAUGCUGCUAACAACUACGCCCGAGGUCAUUAUACAGUUGGUAAAGAAAUCGUCGAUUUGGUUCUUGAAAGAGUUCGAAAAAUUGCUGAUCAUUGUUCAGGACUUCAGGGAUUUUUGAUCUUUCAUAGUUUUGGCGGUGGAACUGGGUCGGGUUUUACGUCACUUCUUAUGGAACGUCUAUCUGUUGACUAUGGAAAGAAAUCGAAAUUGGAAUUUAGCGUCUAUCCCGCUCCUCAAGUCUCAACUGCAGUUGUUGAACCAUAUAAUUCUAUUCUUACAACGCAUACUACUCUAGAACAUUCGGAUUGUGCUUUUAUGGUUGAUAACGAGGCUAUUUACGAUAUUUGCAAGAGAAAUUUGGAUAUAGAACGCCCAACCUAUUCGCAUCUCAAUCGUCUUAUAGCCCAAGUUGUAAGCUCGAUAACGGCGUCGCUUCGUUUCGACGGAGCGUUAAAUGUUGAUUUAACGGAAUUUCAAACAAAUCUCGUUCCUUAUCCACGAAUUCAUUUCCCUUUGGCAACAUAUUCUCCAAUUUUAUCGGUUGUAAAGGCUCAUCACGAGAAUAUAACAGUAUCGGAGAUAACUAAUAAUUGCUUUGAACCGGCUAACCAGAUGGUAAAGUGUGAUCCAAGAUGUGGAAAGUACAUGGCCUGCUGUCUGUUGUAUAGAGGUGAUGUCGUUCCUAAGGAUGUUAAUUCGGCUAUAUCUGCCAUUAAAAUGAAGAGGUCUAUACAAUUUGUGGAUUGGUGCCCAACUGGUUUUAAAGUAGGAAUUAAUUAUCAAUCACCAACCGUUGUACCUGGAGCAGAUUUGGCCCAAGUAUCAAGAGCAGUGUGUAUGCUUUCUAAUACAACUGCAAUUGCAGAAGCGUGGGGUAGAUUAGAUCAUAAAUUCGACCUUAUGUACGCUAAGAGGGCUUUUGUACACUGGUACGUUGGAGAAGGAAUGGAAGAAGGGGAAUUCUCUGAGGCAAGAGAGGAUAUGGCAGCCCUUGAGAAGGAUUACGAAGAAGUUGGCUACGAUUCUGUCCAAGAUGAUGGAGGUGAAGGUCAAAACGAACUUGGUGAAGAGUACUAA